AUGAAGAUGAUGAUAAAGUGGAUAAUGGCACUGGGCGCUGCCGCACUGGCUUAUUUCCAACAAACCAGCUGCCGCAUAUCAGAAAAUGACAUAGUGGAAAUGCAAAAGUACUGGGAGAAUAAGGUGCUCAAUCUGGAAAGAGAAAUCCAAGUGCGCGCAGAUUUUCUUAAAAAGAUUAAUUCGAUAAUUUUUUGGAGAAAAAUAUUUAUAUUAAUUCCAGAACUAAUCUGCAUACCAGCAGGAGACGAAUAUCUCUCUGAGCUAAAAAAAAGCGUGGCAAUUUUCAAGAAAAGCACAGAAGAGCUGGCUGAGGAGCUCGAGUCACUGAUGGCCAUCUACUGCUGCCUAAACAACCCUCGCAUUGCCAAGGCCAAAACAGAAUUCUCUGCUGUGAUUAAAAACAAGAAAACUAGCUUAAAAAAACUCCUUGCACCGGUUUUUACUCAUUUUGAUUUAGCGAUGGAAAGUAUUAGCAAAUACGACUCAAACAUGAUGUGUUUGAUAAAAGGAGAAACAGAUGAAAUAGCAGCAACCAAGCUUACCAAAGACUAUGUAAUUUUUAAGUACACAGAAGAGAACAAAAUAACAGCCAUAAAUGUCAUAUACACCCUCUAUUUGAUGGACAUAAACAAAAGAAGAAAAAUAUUCCGUAUAGUACAUUGCGACUUUUCUAAGCUGGACAUUGCAAUAAAACAUGCAGUAUUCUACCUGUCUACCGUAGCAAUACCCCAUAUUUCAUGCAUCAACAUAACCAAUUUUAUGAACGAAGUAAAGAAGAAGUUAAUGAAACCAGAAUUUGAAGAGUCACUUAUAAUAGAAGUGAUCAACGAGGCUUUUCCCUUGCUUUUUUACAACACUGUCAGUCUAGAAGACACGCAUGAACCAGACAAAGAGAUACAUCUUAUCUAUAGCGGCCUCUUAAAAAAGAACAUCCCAGAAAGUGAAAUGGACACAUACAAAGACAUGCCAGAGAAUAAGAUUGUAAAAUUGAUAACAAUAGAAUGCCUGAUGCACGGAGGCCUUAUGGACUACAGAAGAAACCAUCUACUUUCUAGACUAGGGGGCAUACUAGAGAGCAUGUUCGAUCCAGAUCCGGAUAAGAAAGGAAACCCCAAGGAUAUUCACGAAAAAAUGAGAACAAGCAGAAUAGCCCAGGAAAGAGUGCUUGGCUUUCUGAGCAUGCUGUGGAAAAAUCAAGACACUUCAGGUCUCUCGAAUAUCCAGAUAGUUUUUAUGAAGCACUACCACGCGAUCAAUGAAGUUGAUUAUUUUGACUUUAGGUACAUACAGGAGAGCAUAAUGUCUGCCAAAUGGAUGUACGGAGUGGCCAGCUACAUGCACGAAUUCGAGCCCGCUGAAGACGAAGACGAAGUUAGCAUGGGAAUGCACUUUGACCUCUCCUACACACACCCCAUGUGGUACAUCUGCCAAAAGUGCGAACACAUCAACCAUCUGAAAGAGGCGCACCUUAAGCCAAGCACACGCCCAUUUAUGGAAAUAAGCAACGGCAUAAUUACGCUUAGGCCAGAUAGAAUAAAUAAAACAGAGAAUAAUCUAGCACGGGCCAUGCGCAUGCAAAGCUGCAUCGAAGCAUUUUUCUUUCCCUCCGUUGAAAUUAUCAUCCAAAAAGAAGAAGAAGAGCACCUCAGCGUGCUCAGUGAUUUUGUUAUAUGUCUGGCAAACAGAGAAGAAAAAACAGUAAAAGUGUAUGAAGAAGAGUGA